AAACGACGGGCCGCUCUGAUCAUUGGAGGCGCUUAACCGAUUGCAUUCUUGAUAAGAUUAUUACAGAGGCAGACGCUAGAGUAUUAAACAAAGUCUGGUUAGAAUUAUUGGUAGCUGUCUUAAUUUUUUUUGGACGAUCGUAGGAUUAAAAAAUUAAAUAAAAAAGGUGAACACGCGUUUUGCUUGUCCCUUUUGUUCAGCGCAAUCUCGGCAUCUGAUCUGGGCAAGAAGGCCUGCGUACCGGGGUGGGGUCGCGAUGAACUGCCGCUCGGAGGUGCUGGAGGUGUCGCUGGAGAGUCGGCAGGUGGACGAGGCGAUGCUGGCUCUGCUCCACACGAUCCUCUUGCACCGCAGCACCGGCAAAUUCCACUACAAGAAAGAGGGGACCUACUCCAUCGGCACCGUGGGGAGCCAGGACACCGACUGCGACUACAUCGACUUCUCCUUCGUGAGGGUCUCGUCCGAGGAGCUCGACAGGGCGAUGAGGAAAUCGGUUGGGGAAUUCAAGGAUGCAUUAUGCAACUCUGGCAGUGACGGUGUGGGGCAGAUAUCUCUGGAGUUCUACCAGAAGAAGAAGUCCCGCUGGCCCUUCUCGGAUGAGUGCAUUCCCUGGGAGGUGUGGAGCAUCAAGGUGAACGUUGUUAGCCUGGCCAACGAGCAGGAGAGGCAAAUUUGCCGGGAGAAGGUGGGUGAGAAGCUGGGGGAGAAGGUCAUCAACAUCGUGGAGGUGAUCAACAGGCACGAGUACCUGCCCAAGAUGCCCACGCAGUCGGAGGUGGACAACGUGUUUGACACCAGCCUGAAGGACGUGCAGCCCUACCUGUACAAGAUCACUUACCAGAUCACAGACUCGCUGGGAACCUCCGUGAGCACCACCAUGAGGAGGCUUAUUAAAGACACGCUGGCUUUGUGAGGAGCACUGAGCCCUGAGCAGACCGGCAGCUGCUGCUGAGUUUAAACACAGACAGCCUGUGUGCUUUCUAACUGCUUUUCAGAACCUGCCUUAUUAUUAUAAAAAUAAAAACCCAUUUCACCAAGUAAUGCAGUGUACAGGAGCUGGGAUUUCAAUGGCCUUUUUCAUUUGUUCCGGUGAAUUGGAUUGGAUUUAGUUUUGUAAUGUCUCCAUUUACUUUCAGGAGAGGCAGAUGCAAACUUCAGAAUCUCUAAAUGCGUUUCCUUACUGACCUUCAUAACUAAUGGAAAUGUUUCUAGGUUACCAGAUUCCCUCGAGUCAAAUUAGCAUCCACAAAAUGCCAGAAUUCAGUUCUUGUCGCUUUGCCAAGGCCUGAGUCAUUUCAUCACAUGACGCUAAAACAGUUAUAAAAAUAUCACUGUGGUCCAUAGCAACCAGUUAUUUUGCAAUGUGUUUGUUCGUGUGUGCAAAUGUGGCGUUCUCGUGAUCCGCAGUUUAUGGUAGCUGUCCCCAGGUGGCAGUAUUUACCACUUCCUAGUUCUCCUGUUCUUUGUGGAGGUGAGGUCCACCUCUAAGCUUAGCCAGGGUUCCUAGCAGUUGUGUACUGAGAUGGUAUUCACUGUCUUGAGAUGCAACAGCACAUCUGCGAGACUCGUGACCCGAGCAACACACAAGCUUAUUUUAGCUUAUUUUACUGAAAACCGUGCUUGUGUUGUUUUAUAUCCCUGCAUAGAUCCUUUCUGAUCCUGUGUUCUGCAGUGACCAGCAUGACUUCACAGAGUAUCUUACAGAAGCACUGCAUUGAAUGAGAGGGUUAGGAGAGCCAGACCCUAAAUUUGAAAAUAACAUUGUCAUCUUUUGGGGUUCAUGAUUAUUAAUGAUUAUGAUUGAAUGUAGUAUAACACUACAAUACUGUUUAAGAUGUGUAUCAGACAAUAUUUAUAAAGUUACAAAAUAAAUUUAGUAGAACCCA